AUGAUGGCGCCGCCAUUUCCGAGUUUCAAUCCCUGGGCCGAGGCCGGGGCGCGUUAGUUCUGCGUAUGAUCGAAUUCGCAGGGCCCCGGAGGUUCAGGCCCGUGGUUUUAGGGUGUUUUGUUCCGGAGUCUCGAUCUUCUGGAGGUGACCUAGAGGCAAUGGGCGUCAGGGCCUCAGGGCUCGAUUUGCAGCCCCGCUAUCGACGUGCUGCUGUAUGACCUUGGGCUAAGCAGUGUUCCCUUCGGGGCCUCAGUUGCCACAUCUGUGAAAUGGGGUGGUUGAACUCAAUGAGGACUAGGAGGCCAAAAGGAAAUCUCCACGGUGUCGGGGCUGAGAUGGAUCCUCUUAGGGCCCAGCAGCUGGCUGCAGAGCUAGAGGUAGAGAUGAUGGCUGAUAUGUACAACAGAAUGACCAGUGCCUGCCACCGGAAGUGCGUGCCUCCCCACUACAAGGAAGCAGAGCUGUCCAAGGGCGAGUCUGUGUGCCUGGACCGGUGUGUCUCCAAGUACCUGGACAUCCAUGAGCGGAUGGGCAAAAAGUUGACAGAGCUGUCUAUGCAGGAUGAAGAGCUGAUGAAGAGGGUGCAGCAGAGCCCUGGGCCUGUGUGAGGCCCCAGACAGGAUACCCCCGAGGUGCACCCUGCCCCUUCCCACUUGUCUAAUUAAAGUGCCCCCGUUGGGUGUCAUCUGUGAAGACUGCCAGGCCUAGGCUGUCGUCUGUGGGAGCCAGGAGUUUGGUAGAGCUCUCUCCUGGUUGAAGUAUGGGUGUCUUUCGCACGGGAAUGUGACUGUAUGUGUGUUUGUGUAUAUAUAUACAUAUAUAUACAUAUUAAAACAAGUUUGUUGACACCUAC